GUAAAAUCCAACUAUAUAUAUCAACAGUCAUAACUACUCUACUAUAUAUAGCUUCAGCACUCUGAACGUCCAUGUAUAUAAAUAUAAGGUCAUCCCUUUAUGAUAAUACUGUAGUAGUCAAUCAAACGCAGAAUGAAGAAAUCAGUAACAAACUUAUGGAUACCUCUCUACAGGCGCAGUCGGCGUCACUCCCUCUUGGUCCUUCGUUCUUCUUUGUGGUUUCUAUAUAUAUAAUAAUGGUGCUCUUUUUCUUUAUAUAUAACAUACUCGCGAACACAGCAAAGUUGUGUGGGUUAAUCCAAUAGUUGAUUACCCAGCAGGAUGUUAUUUAUUACUGUGAAUGUUACUAAAUGCUGAUAUGUGUUAAAAGGACUAUUUAUAUAUACAAACAAUAUAAAACCAACAGACAAUGAUAGAUGUAUUAGAGACAGUGUGGGGUAUUUCUUUUUAAACUACUCUUUGACUACGCUGUCAUUUGCUGACUUUAUUCCCUUAGCAAAACCAUCAUACAGAAGCUCCAAUAUGUCCGACUUCAAUUCUGAUAAUAUUGUAACAUCUUAGUUUGUGUAAGAAUUACGAAUCCCAAGAAAUAGGAUAGAUAAUAUCAGAAAAGUGGAUUAAAUCCUAAUGAUAUGCUACGUUAUGAGCAGAAAUGGAG